AGGACAAAGAGAGGGACCUCACAGCCAUAAGUUCUCCAGCUCACAGAACUCCACAGAGACACACACAUGACGGCAGUAGAUCGACGAAGAUGAUGGCACCAGCACAAACUCAUCUGCUGCUCUAGAAAGCACAUUUCUCAGAUCUGUCUGCGUGACCACAAAGAAAAGGCCGUCGGAUGAUAAUCUGCAGGACACUGAAUGGAAGUAAAUAGACAAGAGAAGGCGUGAGAUACAAACGGGGAAGCGACUCAUUCAACACCGAAGCUCUUAUUUGAGUGCAACGUUUUCAUUUUGUUACGUUGUGGACAACACGCUGUGCACGAAAGGAUCUGGAUUUAGCGGUGGGAGUUUAGUCGGGAAGCUCCGUUUUUUUGAGCCAUGAAGAAGAACGGUUCAACAAAGCGGGGCCCUCAGGACGCCAAUCAACAGCCCGUACAGCCCGACAAAACUGGCUGGAUUCGCAAGUUCUGUGGCAAAGGAAUUUUCAGGGAAAUUUGGAAAAACAGAUUUGUUAUACUGAAAGGAGACCAACUCUACAUUUCCGAAAAAGAGGUCAAAGAUGAGAAGAAAAUCCAGGAGGUGGUGGAUCUCACUGACUACGAGAGGUCUGAAGAACUUCGCAAGGCCAAAAGCAGGAGUAAAAAGAAUCACAGCAAGUUCACGCUUCUACGUUCGCGGCAGCCAGGCAACACGGUCCCAAAUCUGGUGUUUUUGGCUGUCAGUCCAGAAGAGAAGGAGUCAUGGAUCAAUUCAUUAAACGCAGCCAUCACUAGGGCCAAGAAUCACGUAUUGGAUGAGGUGACAGUGGAAGAGGACAGCUUGUUGGCCCAUCCGACGCGCGACAGAGCUAAGAUACCCCACACUCGCCGUCUGCCCACCCGCGGGCAUCUCAUGGCUGUGGCUUCUACCACAAACUCGGAUGGCAUGCUGACACUUGACCUCAUCCAGGAAGAAGAUGUCCCCUCCACACAGUGUCAGGACUCUCACGAGGAUACCCUCGACAAAGCUGCUUCUCAGCACUCCAUCACGGACACCUCCAAGCUCUCAAACUGUAAAGAGACACCUGGAAAGUCCCAGAGUCUGCCGCGGAAAAGUGAGAGCGCCUUCGACUGGUCAGAGAACCAAAGGACGCCACAGUUCAGCAAAAAAAAUGGCACAUCUGACAAGAACCGCUGCGCUUCCAUGGAUGAGAUCCUGACGCACUGCGAGACGCGAGCGCUCCCUCACUGCUCGACUUCAGCGCCCGUGCAGCCCAUCAGCCAGCUCCAGGAUCUCAUCACCCAGAAGCUAGAAAGAACUCAAAAACUGCUGACGGAGGUACGGGGGCAAGGCAAGGGGAAGAGCUCGCCGGCUGGGAAGAGCUCAGGUCUGGAGGGUCAGCGGAUGGAGGCAGAGAGGCUUCUGGAGGAGGCAACGUCCACUUGGGGACAGGCUCGUGACGUGCUGGAGGAAGUGAAAGAACUCCGAGCAUUAUACAAGCAGCUUGACCCCGCCUCUUCCGUCACACUCAGUCCUCCACAGAACGGCAAACUAAACAGCCCUCAACAAGCAAACCACCAGAAAAGCAAGAUGUGAGAUCAUACAAAGUCCUCCAUGGCGCCAUUUUUCAGUAAACUCUUCCUGUUGACUGCUUUAGCAUUGCUGGAAUCGACAAAAAACGAAAUAACAUGAGCUAUACGUGUAUGUAUGCAUUGUUAAAGAGCAAAUCUAGUUUCUUCCACUCCCUACUAUCAGAGUCAGAGCAGAAAUACGAGGGCCUGGUGGUUUUACCAAACACAAGCUGUUGCGUCGUACCCGGCGCUAUCAGUUUUCACAGUGACGUCGACAGGGACAGUAAAAGAUCCGAGUCAUUGAGCGGCCCAUCAGGGUAAGACAGGGUGAGAAACACCAGACGGCGGUGAUGUUGUCAUCAUCACCAGCCAAUCACAAUGUGAAUGUUUUCCUUCUGAUUCAUAAUACACUGGAGGAGCUUCGUUUCGAAAUGGUUGCAGACCUCAAGGGUCAUUUGUGUGUGUAAUAAUAAUAAUAAUAAUGCCCAGCACACUUGCUCUGCUGUUAACACAAUCUAAGCUCAUAAUAAGAUGCAAUCAGGAUGCAGCCAAAGGCGUUUGGCGGGAACGAUCAUGGACAGCAGAGCGUGUUCCUUGUCCGGGGGCACUCAAUAUCCAAUUGUGAACAAAGCCAUGAACAUGAACACAGAUGACGUCUGGUGCCAGUGUUGCAUUGGAAAGUCAGCUGCCAUUAAAGACGAGACUCCAUGCAGUAAAGGAAACUAUUAAUAAUUACACAUUUGCACUAUGGAGAAUGCUGUAAAACGAGAGUGACACUGGCAAGCUAUCUUUUCAAACCUAAGAGGCAGAACAGACAAUCUACUGUAGGUAGGGAAACAUGGGGCGUGUAGCUCCUAGUCUUUACACCUAAGUGGUAUUCUGAAAAUAUGUUGGCAUCUCUCAAAAUCAAAAGCUGCCUUAGUGUAUUUUCAAAAGGGCACAUGCAAACUGCAUUUCAAACUCUUCAAAGACUCUGAAUGCUUGUAUAUUUUAAUUUUCCAAAAUUUACCUACAAGUUGCCUGCACCUCAAGAGAAGCUUUUAAAGCA